AGGCGACGAGACACGACGUAAAUAAUAUUAUGGCGCGUGGUCUCCUCGCUUGCUUUGGAUCAAAAGGAGGAUCCCGCACGUCCCAUGAAAAGCAUGCUGCGGGGGCAACAGCGCAUGUCUCCGCUGAGGAGCAGCAGCGGAGCGGGCCGGUGCUGGUGGAGCUGUUCUCGUCGCAGGGCUGCAGCACCUCGCCGGUGGCAGAGCUGCUGGUGUCGAGGCUUGGGAGAGGGGAUUUUGAUGGGACGGAUCUGCCUCCUGUGGUGGUGCUGGCGUUCCACGUGGACUACUGGGACUACAUGGGCUGGAAGGACCCAUAUGGGUCAAGCCAGUGGACUGUACGGCAGAAGGCCUAUGUCGAGGCCUUGGGUCUGGACACCAUGUUCACCCCCCAGAUUGUCCUUCAAGGUAGGGCCCAAUGUGUUGGCAAUGAUGAGAGUGCCUUGCUAACGUCGAUCAAGGAUGCACCUAGAUAUCCUGCACCCGCAUUCCAGGCAACAUUCCAAAGGCCAUCGCCGGACUCCCUGCAAGUAUCCCUAACAGGGUCAUUGAGGUCAAAGGUGGACAACUACGGUGUCAAUGUGAUGGUGGCGCUGUACGAGAACGGGCUGAUCACCGACUGCCCCAAGGGAGAGAACCAAGGACGUGUCCUGUCCAACGACUUUGUCGUCCGACGACUUGAAAAGCUCUGCACUGUCAAAGACAUUGCUGCAAAGAAGACCAUUUCUGGAACCAUCAACUUCUCCUUGUGGGAAGGUUUCAAUCCAGCCAAAUGUGGCAUGGCCCUCUUCGUUCAGAACCCUUCCCAUCAAAUUUUUGGUUUGCAGAACUUUCAGCUGCCGGACAAUUGAUACGGUUACAUGUGUUUCUGCCGGCUGGAUGGCCGGCAGGGCGGGAUUGGAGGACAAUUAUGUACAGGAUGUGUUCAGAGUAGGGUUACUGAUUUCUUUUUUCUUCUUUCAGUUUGUGUUUUUCCUUUCUUGUUUCUGCGAUUUGAUAUUUAGAAGAUGGGAGAGAAAUCUGCAUUCACGAUUAUAAACAUUCUUUUCGGAUUUUCGAAUUUAA